AGUACUAUAUUGUUUAUAGAGUUACGGGAUUAGAUCGUCUUGUGUGCCUACUACCUCGAAGUUUUCUACAACUUUGGGGUUUCAUUGUCGCCUGUUCGAUCAUUUGAAGUGUUAAAUAUUAACUUACUUUCAAAAUGUUCAACAAGAUCUUGCAACCUAUUGCACGACGUGCGGCCCUAAACCUACGAGGUAAUCAACAUCGUCUCUGUCAUCACGAGAACCACUUCAAAUAUGUGACUUUUGAAGAGGCAACUGUUCCACAAGGCUCAUGGAAAGAAAACUACGAAAAAAUGCAAAAGAAAUAUACCAUGCAACUUGUUGGUGGUAUAGGAUCAUUAGUCGCAACAAUUGCUAUUGUGCUGCAGUUUGAAUUAAUAUACUUUAACUAUGGUCCACCUAAACCAAAAAAUGUGUAAAUAGUAAUAAUGCAAUUAGUCAUAAUUUCAUAGAUAAUGUGAAGAUGCAAUGUUAAAAUCAUAAUUUUCCUAUUACUACAAUGUAUAAAUGAGCCAAUGAUACCAACUUCAUGUAUAUUGUUUAAUAAAAUUCAUUAU